AUGUCUCGGAGAAGACACCUCCAGAACUGCCAUAGCAGUAAGAGACACUCCCUCUCCCGUUCCACCAGGGCCGAGCUGCAGUUCCCUGUGAGCCGCGUGGACCGCCUCCUGCGAGAGGGUCAGGGCGCCCACCGCCUGAGCUCAGCAACACCUGUGUUCCUGACCGCAGUCCUUGAGUACCUGACGGCCAACAUCCUGGACCUGGCGGGGCAAGAGGCUGGCGCCAACCACAGGGUACGCAUCAGCCCGGAGCACGUGCAGAGGGCACUGAUCAACAAUGAGAAUCUCCGCUGCCUCUUCCAGCCCAGUGCCUUCUCUAAGCCCACAGCUUCACCACCUGCUCCCGAGAGGAAGUAG